CGUGUCUCUUGUUAACAACAGGCACCGGCCAGAUCCUGCGCACAUCCGUCUUCGUUGUCCGUUCUGUUAUCCCUUACCUAGCGUUUUCCACCUCACGCAUUUCGCUCAGCACUGCUCAAAACCAUCUCCUCAGUGCAAACGCUCUGGACCAACUCAGAGUCCACUCGUUCAAUGUCAACCCGUCAGCAGUCUCCGGUGGUGCGUGCAGAAAGCGGGCAACAGGAAGUUGACGCCGACACUCUGGUGUUGGAGGCUCAGGCGCAACGCCAGAGCGACCCCGAGCUCCGAGAUGCGUUCCAUCCCCCAAGCGCAACGGUGCAGCAGCAGGCCGACCACUCGGCCCGUAUGCUAGAGAAGACCCUCCCAGGCGAGCACCCCCCGGGCAACUUCGGCAUUGUCGUGCCUGGCGUGUAUCGCAGUAGUUUCCCGCAGUCGGAGGACUAUGCCUUUAUCGAAGGCCUCAAGCUCAAAACGAUCGUCACCUUGGUGCAAAAGGACUUUCCAGAUGGUUAUGACGCCUUCCUUCACAGGAACGGGAUCAACCACAUCGUCUUCGACACGAAGGGGACCAAAAAGGAAGGCAUCCCAGCGUCGACGAUGAAGUCGAUUCUCCGCAUAGUCUUGGACAGGCAAAAUCAUCCACUCCUGAUCCACUGCAACCACGGCAAGCACCGCACCGGAUGCGUCAUUGGCAUCGUCCGCAAGCUCUCGGGCUGGAAUCUGGGCAACAUCAUCGGCGAAUACCGGACGUUCGCCGAGCCUAAGGUGCGCGAGUGCGACAUUGACUACAUCACCGACUUUGAGCUUGGUGACGUCUCCAAUCUGUUCUGGGAACCAAGCUUGCCAUUUCGCGCGCCCGGCUUCGUCCGGGCCACCCUUUUCGCUAUCGUGAUGCUCGCCAUCUGGCUGGUUUGGGGCGUACGUUCGCCGGGGGUGGCGACUCGGCGUCGGGACAGCGACAAUUCCUAAAGGCAAGACUCACCAUCCGGUCAAUCUCCGGCUGAGCGGGUCUCGUCAUUUCUUUACAGCGGCUUAUUCGAUAUGCCAUACUGCGAUCACUUGUCAUCGGAC